AUGGCUACCAUAGCUUGUGCAUCAAUCAUAGAACAGCAAAGGUUGCGUAGUUCAAAUUUUGUAAUUGCUCAAUACAUUGAUCUUCUUUGUAUUGUUAUCACUUUUGUGACCACCUAUCCAGCAAUUCAAUUGGUUUUGAACAAGUCAUUAUUCCAAUGGUCCACGAAAAUGCUCAUUCUAGAAAGUUUAUUCUUUGCAAAUUUGUAUCAAAUUUUUUAUGGAAUAGAAGCAAUUACCAUAUUGUACAAACAUCAUUUCAUGACAAGCGAUUUCUGCAACAUAAUGCAGACAGAAUCCAAUUGUGCACCUUAUUUAAAAGUUAUUCUAGGUACAACAGGCGGUAUGAUUUUUGCGCAAACUGGAUUAAUGAUUGAAAGAACUUGUGCAACAUUUCUUGCAAGUUAUAGAAAACGGAAAAGUGAAAUUAUUGGGUUUUCAAUUACAAUUAUUGUGUUUUUCUGUAGUUCCAUUACUGGAAAGCUUUUUAUAUGGGAUGACCCCUUGGAUGGGAUGGUUCUUGGAUGCUUCAUUCUUCCCAAAAAUAGCUAUAAACGGUACAACACUUAUUUUACUGUCUGUACAGUUUUACCCUUAUUCAAUUUGGGAAUAUCCAUUCUUCUGAAAAUUUAUAACACGAAACUGGAAUAUUCAAGCCGCUUUGAAGUGAGCGCUCGUUUCCAAAAACGUGAAGUCAUUGAUUCCACUGGAACAGUUUGCUUUCUAGCAUUUUCUUUAUUUAUUUUAUUGUUUAUCUAUUCUGUUGGAGUAGGGGCAUUGAGACAUUUGUUACACGAAAAUAUAAUUUCACAAGAAGACUUCAAUUUGUGUGUUGUUUGGCUUUAUACAAUUCCAUUCAUUGCAAUGCUACUUCCAUUACUCUUAAUAUAUCGUAUCCGCCGAACUCGUUCAAACAGAAUUGAGAUGUUAAUUGAAUUUACAAAACAAAAGCAAUCUCAGGAGAACCAUAUUAGCCAGAUGAAGAACAUGUGGAGUUAACAAGUUUAAAAAAAUUUCAUUGGAACUUGAAGAUCAUGUUUUCUGUAUAACUGUCCAUUUUUUAAAGCGAGUUUGCAAUUUCUUGGAACAGCAAUUCGAUCUAAAGAACAGCGUACCAUAACGCAGUUAUUGUGGUGUUGAUGAAUUUUUAAUAAAUUUUUUUAAAAUAAAUCCUGAUUUCUCAU